AUGCUGCUGCUGAUGGUGGGCAACCUGAUCAUCAUCCCAGUGGGCAUCACAUUCUUUAAGGACGAGCACACGCCUCCCUGGAUAGUCUUCAAUGUUGUCUCAGACACUUUCUUCCUUAUGGACCUAGUUCUGAACUUCAGGACUGGUAUUGUCAAAGAGGAUAAUACAGAAAUCAUCCUCGAUCCACAAGAGAUCAAGGUCAAAUACCUGAAGAGCUGGUUUGCUGUGGACUUUAUCUCUUCCAUUCCUGUAGACUAUAUAUUUCUUAUUGUGGAAACACGCAUAGACUCAGAUUUUUAUAAGACUGCACGCGCCUUGCGGAUCGUCCGCUUCACCAAGAUUCUCAGCUUACUGCGCCUGCUUCGCCUUUCUCGUCUAAUACGCUACAUUCACCAAUGGGAAGAGAUCUUCCAUAUGACCUAUGACCUGGCCAGUGCCAUGGUGCGGAUUGUCAACUUGAUCGGGAUGAUGCUGCUGCUGUGUCACUGGGACGGCUGUCUGCAGUUCCUCGUGCCCAUGCUGCAGGACUUUCCUGCAGACUGUUGGGUGGCCAAGAAUAAGAUGGUGUCCUACGUGCCCAAAGCGUUGCCAACUGCCGAGUACAUAGUCAUUUGUCAUGACGGCCAUCGGGCUGCACUGCAGGCCCCUUUCGACAGACCUUUCCGUGUCCUGGUUGCAGGACCUAAGAACUUUGUGGUGGACAUGGGGAAUGACACAUGGGGACAGCAGUACUCCUACGCACUUUUCAAAGCGAUGAGCCACAUGCUGUGUAUCGGGUAUGGCAUGUACCCCCCAGUGGGAAUGACAGACGUGUGGCUCACUAUCCUUAGCAUGAUCGUGGGGGCUACCUGCUAUGCCAUGUUUGUGGGCCACGCCACGGCACUAAUCCAGUCGCUGGACUCAUCUCGGCGGCAAUACCAGGAGAAGUAUAAACAAGUAGAGCAGUACAUGUCCUUUCAUAAGCUGCCUGCUGAUAUGAGGCAAAGAAUCCAUGACUAUUAUGAGCACCGUUACCAAGGAAAGAUGUUUGACGAGGAAAGCAUCCUGGGAGAGCUGAAUGAACCACUUCGAGAGCUCAAGUUUGAGGUGUUCCAGCCCGGAGAUUAUAUCAUUAGAGAAGGUACCAUCGGCAAAAAGAUGUACUUCAUUCAGCACGGUGUGGUCAGCGUGCUCACUAAGGGCAGUAAGGAGACAAAACUGUCUGAUGGAUCCUACUUUGGAGAGAUCUGUCUGCUGACCCGAGGCAGGCGUACAGCGAGUGUGCGAGCAGACACAUACUGUCGUCUGUACUCCCUGUCUGUGGACAACUUUAACGAGGUGUUGGAGGAGUUCCCCAUGAUGAGACGAGCCUUUGAGACUGUGGCCCUGGACAGACUCGACCGCAUUGAGCCCAGUCUUGACUGGCUCACCCAAUCCUCUGAGUGGACCCCUGUCCCACUGCCACCUCCCUAA